CACAGGACGAGGACCUCACACCAAGACACGCCUUCUCAGGGGCACAUCCUUCACGGACACACGGGACGAGGACCUCAGACCAAGACACGUCUUUUCGGAACACAAUUAAACCAGUUAAUAAUGGCAAAGAGCUUAGUUGGACUUUGGACCAAUGGUACGUGCACGGAGGUGAAGAUCGAGGAGCCUGAGCCUGGCAAGCUGAGCGGCUGGUACAAGAUCGCGGUGGGCACCCCCAGGGAGGUGGAGGUGCCCAUGGCGGGGCUGGUCAACCACACCAAGGCAGACUGCCCUAACUUCAGCUUCUGUGUGUCCAUGGAAGCCAUCGGAGGAGACACAUGCAAUGCAGUGGUUGGGCAGUAUUUUAACCACAGUGGGGAAGAGCUUCUGAAGACGAUGUGGCUUAUGCGUGCUGGUGUGACCAAUUGUGAAGACAACUGGGGAGCCACAAAGGUUGGUGAAAACACAUUUAGGAGGAAAGCACCCUGAGAGGACAGACACAGAUCAUCUGUACAUUGUGUGUUUUUAAGCAACUGCUCCAAACGUGUUAAGUGUGUGUGUGUGUGUGUGUGUGUGUGUGUGUGUGUGUGUGUGUGUGUGUGUGUGUGUGUGUGUGUGUGUGUGUGUGUGUGU